CUGUAUAUACAGAUGUUAUAUUAAAUACGCAGUUUAUUUUGAAUGCUAAUGUGAAAUCCCUCUUCUCUUCCAGAUCCUGAUGCACACCAAAGAGCUGGUCCAGAAGAUGAAUCUGGAAGUCAUAUACGGAGACACCGAUUCCAUCAUGAUCAAUACUAACAGUGCUAAUCUGGAGGAGGUCUUUAAACUGGGGAACAAGGUUAAGAGUGAAGUGAAUAAGCUGUACAAGCUCUUGGAGAUCGACGUGGAUGGGGUCUUCAAGUCUCUGUUGCUGCUCAAGAAAAAGAAGUACGCAGCCCUGACUGUGGAGCCCACGGGGGACGGCAAGUACACCACCAAGCAGGAGCUGAAGGGGCUGGAUAUUGUCCGGAGAGAUUGGUGCGACCUCGCCAAGGAGGGUGGAAACUAUGUCAUUGCUCAGAUCCUUUCAGAUCAGCCCCGAGACACGAUCGUGGAGAACAUCCAAAAGAGGCUGAUGGAGAUCGGAGAGAGCGUUGUGAACGGCAGCACUCCCCUCCACAUGUUUGAAAUCAACAAGGCCUUGACGAAGGACCCUCAGGAUUACCCUGAUAAGAAGAGCCUGCCCCACGUGCACGUGGCCCUGUGGAUAAACUCACAGGGGGGUCACAAGGUGAAAGCCGGGGAUACCAUUUCAUACGUCAUCUGUCAGGACGGCUCCAAUCUGAGUGCGAGUCAGAGAGCCUACGCCCUGGAGCAGCUCCAGAAGCAGGAGGGCCUGAGCAUCGACACGCACUACUACCUGUCCCAGCAGGUCCAUCCCGUGGUGUCCCGAAUCUGUGAGCCCAUUGAGGGCAUCGAUGCCGUCCUCAUCGCUACGUGGCUGGGUCUGGACCCGUCUCAGUUCCGCUCUCAGCAGCAGUAUCACCGGGACGAGGAGAGCGAUGCCCUGCUGGGGGCGCCGGCGCAGCUGACUGACGAGGAGAAGUACCGUGACUGCGAGAGGUUCAAGUUCCCCUGCCCGCGGUGCGCCACAGAGAAUAUCUACGACAGCGUCUUCGAUGGCUCGGGAAAAGUGAUUGAACCCAGCUUGAUGCGCUGCAGUAAUACAAACUGUGAAGCUGCACUGAUAAAUUACGGAGUUCAGAUGAGCAACAAACUAAUUCUGGACAUCAGACGUCACAUAAAAAAGUAUUACAGUGGCUGGUUGAUUUGUGAGGAGCAGACCUGUCGGAACCGAACCCGGCGCCUUCCUCUCGGCCUGUAUCGGAGAGGGCCUGUGUGCCAGGCCUGCAUGAAGGCCUCCCUCCGGCCCGAGUACCCUGAAAAAGCUCUCUACACCCAGCUCUGCUAUUACCGGUAUAUUUUUGACUGGGAUUAUGCUGUGGAAAAAGUUAUACCUCAACAAGACAAAGGUACGUCCUUUUAAUCUAC